AUGCCCGACCUCAAAGCCAUCUUUACGAAAGCGUACUGGACAUUUGCAAUUCUAGGCAUUAUCUGGGCAGCGUUUGUGGGUCUAUUGAUCAAUCCCACGAUACAAAGGCACGCUCUCUAUGCCCAUAAAUUCCACACAGGGUUCUACCACAACGUGACGAAUCCCGAAGAAUUCGGCUUUGCGAAGGGGCAAGUACAACCCUUUUGGCUUACUACUGCGGAUCAAGAAAAGCUCUUUUGCUGGCAUGUACUUCCUCUAGAUGUUUAUCUGGAGAAUGAACAUGAGCUUUUCACUGCUGCUGUUUCGGGGGAAGUUGCAGAGGAGUUGAAGGGGACGAUAGGAGAGAAGCUGUUGAGUAGCGACCCGGAAAGUAGGGUUGUGGUCAACUUUCAUGGUAACGCUGGCCACAUAGCUCAAGGCUACCGCCCCUCAACCUACCGCUCCGUCUCUGGCAUCCCAAAAACUCACCUCGUAACCUGCGACUACAGGGGCUUCGGUCUCUCUACACUCACCAACUCCCCACAUAUCCCCACUGAAAGCGGUCUCAUAACCGACGCCCUAAGUCUGAUCUCCUACAUCACCUCUGACCUCUCUCAUCCAAGCACCCGCACCGUUCUCCUUGGCCAAAGCCUCGGCACCGCUGUAACAGCCGCCAGCGCCCUCUACUUCACCAAUUCCACCUCCGAGCACCUCCCAUUGGCCAUCACAUCCCCAUCUUUAACAUUCAAACCAUCCCGCAACUUUGAAGGUUUCGCCGGCAUAGUCCUAGUAGCCCCCUUCACCUCCCUCCCCCAACUCCUCAAAACCUACAAAAUCGGUGGCGUACUCCCCGUCCUAAAACCGCUGCAAGGCUACCCCAAGAUAGCAAACUAUCUCUCCACUCGUAUCGUCGACCACUGGCCCACUCUCACCCGCCUACGCGCCCUCAUCUCCACCGCCUCAGCCAACAAGUCCGGUUUCCACAUUACUCUCCUGCACGCGCGAAACGACCAGGAUAUCACGUACUGGGAAUCCGAAGCCUUGUUCCAGCCACUGGCUACGCAUAUGUUGACGGAAGAAGGAGUUGUGGCGGAGGAGGAGAGGAGAACGAUUCAAGGGGCGAAUAGGGUCAAGAGGGGUGCUUUUGCGUACAAGAAGGUCGAGGACGACAAGGGAGAUAGGAUGGUAGAGUUGGAGGUUGUUAGGUAUGGAGGGCAUAAUGAGGUGGUGGGGUGGACGCAGGUUAGUCUUGCGAUUAGGAGAGCGUUUGUGAGGAAGACGAUGAGGCCGGGGUUGGAUGUUGAGUAG